AUGUGGUCAUAUUUAUGCUGCUGCUGCUGCAGCAACAGCAACAAGUCUCAAGCUCGGAGCCAAACCAGGGCCCAUCUUCUUAAAGGGAGGGUUCAUGCGAUAACAAGAAUCGAGAAGUGGGAGGAGAAGAUUGCAGCUAAAAGUAACGGCAAUAUUCUGGUAGUAAAUUUCAAGGCGUCAUGGUGUUUACCUUGUAGAAAACUAGCACCAAUAUACCAGGAGCUUGCGUCUACGUACACCUCAAUGAUAUUUGUAACUAUAGACGUCGAAGAGCUUGCCGAGUUUAGUAAUGAAUGGAACGUGGAAGCAACUCCAACAGUAGUGUUCCUCAAGGAUGGGAGACAAAUGGAUAAACUCGUGGGUGGAGACGCUGAAGAGCUUCAGAAGAAAACAGCUGCUGCUGCAGAGCUUCUUCUCAGACAACCUUAA